UACUACAACUUCAACGACUUGCAAUAUUUUGGGGUUGGCCCGUAGUACUUCCGUCCGUCGUCCAAUAUUUUGGGGGGAUUUACCAGCGCUCCAAAUAAAAACUUGAAAGGUCGCGCAAAUCCAAAGCAGAGAAUCGAGAUUAAAAACUAAAAACUCAAAAAGGUCUGGCAAAUCCAUAGCCGAAAGCCGAAUCACCUCCAUCUCUUUCUCGCUCCUCUAGUGUUAGCUAGUUGCAGCGCUCUGCUAAGUAGUGAGUGUAUAUUAAAAAAACCAAACACACGCACUUUCAGUUCUCAAGAGAGAUCGAAAGGAAAAGAAACAAAGAGGUCAAAUCAGACAGGGGAAGAGAGAAAGAGCAGCAUCGAUGGCGGAAGAGGACAAAUUGGCUUCGUUGAGGUCUCUGAUGGCUUCUCACUCUCCCCCUCUCCAUGCCUUGCUUGUUCCGUCCGAAGAUUAUCACCAGAGCGAGUAUGUAUCUGCAAGGGACAAGAGGCGCGCAUUCAUAUCGGGAUUCGCCGGAAGUGCUGGUUUGGCACUUGUAACUAUGGAAGAAGCAAGACUGUGGACUGAUGGGCGGUACUUUCUCCAGGCGGCCCAUGAACUUAAUGAUCAGUGGAAGCUCAUGCGCAUGGGAGAAGACCCGCCUGUUGAUAUCUGGAUGGCAGAUAAUUUACCAAAAGAUGCUGCCAUUGGUGUUGAUCCUUGGUGUGUGUCAGUAGACACUGCACAGAAAUGGGAGCGUGCUUUUAGUAAGAAACAGCAAAAGUUGAUUCAGACACCCAGAAACUUGGUGGAUGAAGUUUGGAUUAGCCGCCCACCACUUGAACUGAAUCCUGUUGCUGUGCAUCCUCCACAAUUUUCUGGUCGUUCUGUUGCAGACAAGUUAAAAGAUUUGAGAGAGAACCUUGUGCAGGAAAAAGCUCGUGGUAUACUGAUAACAACUCUUGAUGAGGUUGCCUGGCUUUAUAAUAUUCGCGGCACUGAUGUAUCCUACUGCCCAGUUGUUCAUGCGUUUGCAGUGGUAACAUUAAACUCAGCUUUCUUGUAUGUGGACCAGAGGAAGUUAUCGUCUGAGGUAAACAUCACUAUGAAGGAAAAUGGAAUUGAAGUACGUGAUUAUGGUGCUGUGACCUCAGAUGUAACCCUACUUGCAUCUGAUCAGCUCAAACCUAUCUCUUCAACUAAUGCUACUAGAGCUAGUAUAUCUGAAAGCGGGCACCAUAACAACAAUAGCAGUAGUACUAAUUUCAUUUGGGUUGAUCCUGGAAAUUGUUGCUUUGCUUUAUAUUCAAAAUUGAAUACCAACGAGGUUCUCCUACAACAGUCACCUUUGGCUCUUGCAAAAGCUCUAAAGAACCCUGUUGAGAUGGAUGGAUUAAAGAAAGCACACAUACGAGAUGGGGCUGCCGUUGUGCAAUAUCUUGUCUGGUUGGAUAAGCAGGUGCAGGAGUUAUAUGGUGCUUCUGGUUACUUCUUGGAGGCGGAAAAUAUUAAGAAGGACGUAAACACCACUAGACUAACAGAAGUGUCUGCAAGUGAUAAGUUAGAGCAGUUCCGUGCGUCCAAAGAGUACUUUAGAGGAUUAAGCUUUCCAACUAUUUCAUCAGUUGGUCCAAAUGCUGCAAUUAUUCAUUAUACACCUGAUGCAAAAAGUUGUGCCGAUCUUGAUCCAAAUAGCAUUUACCUCUUUGACUCAGGAGCGCAGUAUCUUGAUGGAACAACAGAUAUAACUCGAACAGUUCAUUUUGGAAAACCCACAAAACACGAGAAAGCAUGUUAUACUGCGGUUCUCAAGGGUCACAUUGCAUUGGGUAAUGCUCAAUUUCCAAGUGGAACCAAUGGAAAUACUCUUGACGUUCUUGCUCGGAUUCCUUUGUGGAAGUAUGGCCUUGAUUAUAGGCAUGGAACUGGUCAUGGAAUUGGUUCCUACUUAAAUGUUCAUGAAGGACCCCAUCAAAUUAGUUUCAGACCUGCUGCUCGUAAUGUGCCGUUACAAGCUUCAAUGACUGUCACGGAUGAACCUGGUUAUUACGAGGAUGGAAACUUUGGUAUAAGACUGGAGAAUGUGCUUAUCAUCAAGGAGGCUGAUACAGAGUUCAAUUUUGAUGACAAAGGCUAUUUAACUUUCGAGCAUAUAACAUGGGCACCGUAUCAAACGAAAUUGAUCGACUUUAGUCUACUUGUACCUGAAGAAAUUGAAUGGUUGAAUAAUUAUCAUUCCAAAUGUAGUGACAUCCUCGCUCCAUAUUUGGAUGAAUCUGAGAAGGCUUGGCUCAAAAAGGCUACUCAACCUGUUUGUGUUUGCUGAGCAUCUCCUCUGGGGUUGAAUUCAUAGCAGACUUCUGAACCUUUUUUUCCAUCGUCUGAAGGCCAUGUUCACCACCUUGACCUUCUGAUCGUCCGAACAUUGCAUACUCCAUGAUGUUGUCGGUCUUCACAUUCCUCGUGUAAAUGGAUUAUAUCAUUCUACUUAUUUCAUAUUCGGCCUCUCUUUCAGUCCGUAGCAUUUCGGUUCU